CAGUUAGUCCGACAGUGAAGGACGCGGAGCCGCCAGAGCCUUCCCCGCAGCACACCGGAGCAUAAUUAACUGGAAUAAAGACGCAGAAGAAGAAGAGCCGCGUUCCUGCUGUGUUACUGGAUAAACAGGCACACAGCUGCAGGAGGCACAGCUGAGGAAGCAAGAGGAGGUGUUGGAGGUCCGUGUGUGCGUUUGUCACCUCACACGCUGAGCCUGAGGAGAGCUGACGGUGUCACUGCGACAGGGAGCUGAAUGUGUGUGUGUGAGGCUGAAGUGAAGCUUCGCUCGCUGGUCACGAGGAGUUGCUGCUGUUGUGUCUGUUGCUCCUUUUUCCUCUUCCUGAGACGUCUGUGCUGCACGCGCGGGCGAGCGACUGCCGCCGUGUGUCGUCCCCUCGCUCGCUCUCUCCGUCUUUUCCUCCCUCCUUCGUCUCCACCUUCAGCCGGCUUCUUUGCCGUAACUGUGCCGGGGAGAGACAGCCGGGUAUCAUCAGAAUCUCCUCGACCUCAUCGAAUCCAUCGUUACCAAAAAAGCCGCAGGCCUGAGCCUUCCUGGCGGCUUUACUGACCUGCCUGCUAAUCAGCAGCCCCGCCGGAGGCCGGGACUCUGAGGACACCAAAGACAGAAGACGUCUCGGCUGAUCUGGAUGCUCUUUGUUUCUGUCAUUUCCUGUUUCCACACUGACGCCGAUCUGCAGCCUGGACACGGUGGAUGUAAAAGAAACCACGCCGCUCUUUUCUCGACACAAUUCUUCGCGAUGUCGCCUCGCAGGAGGUGACGUGUGGCUCCUCCUAACAUGUAGCCAGGACGACCUGAAGAGCCCUCCCACAAACUUUCCUUCAAACAGGCCGAUCGCUGCCGGAUGAGUGAACGCUCACUCCCACAAAACACAAACUGAGACGCUGCGCGAGGGUUCAUAAAGUGCUACCGGCUCAUUAUCAGCCACGGCGCUUCCUAUUUUCAUCUUUAAUCUUUGUAUUCUGAGUAAUCAUCUUUUUAAUUAAUGGUGACGGCGGCAUGAAAUCUUCCCCACCGCCCUCCUUUUCUCCCGGUGCCACCUGAAACCAAUUAGCAACAGCAGAUCUAGAUGGGGAUUAGACACGGGGGGAGCAGCCGCGAUUAGACACAAACACAACGACAGAAGAAGAGAGCCUGAGAACAAAGCCGGAGGCGGGGUUAGGGAGGGGCCCGCUGUCCAUUCUGGGUGAUCGAUAGAAGGGAGGAAUAGAUAUGGAUACGGCCGGAUUGGGGAGGCAACCCUCAGCAGACGCAACAGCCAGGUGUGAGUCAGCAGGUGGAGUCGAUUGUCGGUGCCCAGAGUCGUGACUGACAGGAGCUCCGGCCGCCCGGGACUCUUUGUCAUUCCCUGCACGGAGCGGCAGAGCACGAGGAGAGACUCCUGGCUCGUCUCCACAAUCAGGGCCAAUUAAGAGAAUUUGAUUAUAUGCCUUAAUCUUGGCAGUCAGGUGGAAAAAGCAGACAGAAGAGAAAGAGGAGGCAGAGCAGGUGCCACCGAUACACACCAUUAUCUCCGUCCAUCUCUAAUUGAGUUUGUUGCUGCCCUCGCCGGGUGCUCGCCUCAUCUCCUCUACAAAAGAAAUCUGUCUUCAAGAGUUUUUCUCGAGAGAAAAACAGAACAGAGAAAUAAAGGCAAGGCCCUCUGUCUCCUGCCGUAAAUGCUCUUUCUUUACCUUCUGCAAACACUUUCACUCGGAUCUCCCUUCAGAGACAUUCCCCAUCUCCCUCACCUUUUCCAAGUCCCUUUUCAUCCCACCUUCCAGACUCACAGUCCCAGUAUGGACAUGUCCAGUCUCCCUGCAGUUUUCACAAUCUCCAUAUCAAGAGUGAGAUAAAAGUAUUAUAGAGGAGAGGGCAGAAAGCAGCGAGAGGCUGAAUCUGCAGAGGACGGAGCACAGACUUUAUUUCCUCCCAUCGACCGUCCCCGAAGCUUCAGUUCCUCUUCUUAAACUCCCUCCUCUCCCCUGGAGCUUUUCCAAGCUCUCCUCUGUGGAUCGUACUCUCUGCAGUGACCGUCCGACCCGGACUUUUCCCAGACUUAACCGACCUCCGUCAUCCGAAGCAAUCCUUUGAUAUCGGCUCCUCGUGUCCUCAUCUUCAUUCCGUGGCGGUACAGGCAGCCAGCAGACCAUUCUCCAUGAGGAGCGGUGGAAGAUGCCGGCUCUGCCAGCACUGCUGCUGUCGAUUUACACCGUCGCCUCGCUGCUGACCAUGGCGCCGCUCUCCUUCAGCCAGGCCAACACCCUCUCUGCCGUCCGCAUGGCGGCCAUUUUGGAUGACCAGUCUGUGUGUGGUCGCGGUGAACGUCUGGCGCUGGCUCUGGCGAGGGAGAAUAUCAACAGUCUGAUGGAGGGCUCCUCCCAGGCGAGGGUGGAGGUGGAUGUCUACGAGCUGCAGAAGGACUCCCAGUACGACACCACCGACACCAUGUGUCAGAUCCUGCCGAAGGGUGUGGUCUCUGUGAUCGGCCCCGCCUCCAGCCCCGCCUCUGGGUCCACCAUCAGUCACAUCUGUGGGGAGAAGGAGAUCCCUCACGUGAAGAUCGGCCCCGAGGAAACGCCCAAGCUGCCGUACCUCCGCUUUGCCUCGGUGACCCUCUACCCGAGUAACGAGGACCUGAGCCUGGCCAUCGGCUCCAUCCUGCGCUCCUUCGGCUACCCGACAGCCAGCCUGAUCUGUGGCAAAGCAGAGUGUCUGCUGCGAUUGGAGGAGCUGGUCCGCCGCUUCCUCAUCUCCAGGGAGACGCUGUCGGUGCGGAUGCUGGACGACAGUCUGGACCCCACCCCCCUGCUGAAGGAGAUACGUGAUGACAAAGUGGCCACCAUCAUCAUUGACGCCAACGCCUCCAUCUCGUAUCACAUCCUCAGGAAGGCUAACGAGUUGGGGAUGACGUCCGCCUUCUACAAGUACAUCCUCACCACCAUGGAUUUCCCCCUCCUGCGACUUGACGAUGUGGUGAACGAUCAGUCAAACAUCGUGGGCUUCUCCAUGCUGAACAUCAGCCAUCCUUUCUACCUGGAGUUCAUCAGGAGCCUCAACCUGUCCUGGAGGGAGGGCUGCGACGUCAGCCCGUACCCGGGACCCGCGGUGAGACGGGACAGACUGUCGUCAGCACUGAUGUUCGACGCCGUUCACGUGGUGGUGAGCGCCGUGCGAGAGCUGAACCGCAGUCAGGAGAUCGGCGUGAAGCCGCUGAGCUGCACCUCCCCGCUCAUCUGGCAGCACGGCACCAGCCUCAUGAACUACCUGCGCAUGGUGGAGUACGACGGUCUGACAGGUCACAUCGAGUUCAACAGCAAAGGCCAGAGAACCAAUUACACCCUGAAGAUCCUGGAGAAACACCCUGCAGGCCAUAAAGAGAUUGGCAUUUGGUACUCCAACAACACGCUGGCCAUGAACUCCACCUCCCUGGACCUCAACGCAUCAGAGACGCUGGCCAACAAGUCGCUCGUCGUCACCACAAUACUGGAAAACCCUUACGUGAUGCGCAAGUCCAACUACCAGGAGUACCAGGGCAACGAUCAGUAUGAGGGCUUCUGCGUGGACAUGCUGCGGGAGCUGGCAGACAUCCUGAAGUUCUCCUUUAAGAUUAAGCUGGUGGACGACGGGCUGUACGGAGCGCCAGAGCCCAACGGCAGCUGGACCGGCAUGGUGGGGGAGCUCAUCAACAGGAAAGCGGACCUGGCGGUGGCCGGCUUCACCAUCACAUCGGAGAGAGAGAAGGUGAUCGAUUUCUCCAAACCCUUCAUGACUCUGGGGAUCAGCAUCCUGUACCGGGUUCAUCUGGGUCGUAAGCCGGGCUACUUCUCCUUCCUGGACCCGUUCUCUCCGGCUGUCUGGCUCUUCAUGCUUUUGGCUUACCUCGCCGUCAGCUGCGUCCUCUUCCUCGCAGCCAGACUCAGUCCCUACGAAUGGUACAACCCUCAUCCGUGUUUGCGGGAGCGGCGGGACAUCCUGGAGAACCAGUACACGCUGGGGAACAGCCUGUGGUUCCCAGUGGGCGGCUUCAUGCAGCAGGGCUCCGAGAUCAUGCCGCGGGCGCUGUCCACACGCUGCGUCAGCGGAGUCUGGUGGGCUUUCACCCUCAUCAUCAUCUCGUCCUACACGGCCAACCUGGCAGCAUUUCUCACGGUCCAGAGGAUGGAGGCGCCCAUCGAGUCUCCGGACGAUCUGGCGGACCAGACCAACAUCCAGUACGGCACCAUCCACGGAGGCUCCACCAUGACCUUCUUCAUGAACUCGCGGUACCAGACGUACCAGCGGAUGUGGAACUACAUGUACUCCAAGCAGCCCAGCGUGUUCGUGAAGAGCACAGAAGAGGGCAUCGCCCGCGUGCUCAACUCCAAGUACGCCUUUCUGAUGGAGAGCACCAUGAACGAGUACUACCGCAGCCUCAACUGCAACCUCACGCAGAUCGGAGGACUGCUGGACACCAAAGGAUACGGCAUCGGCAUGCCUCUGGGCUCUCCGUAUAGAGACGAGAUCACUCUGGGAAUACUGCAGCUGCAGGAGAGCAACAGGCUGGAGAUCCUGAAGAGACGCUGGUGGGAGGGAGGACAGUGCCCCAAAGAGGAGGACCACAGGGCCAAAGGGCUCGGCAUGGAGAACAUCGGCGGGAUCUUUGUGGUUCUGAUUUGCGGCCUCAUCAUUGCCGUCUUUGUGGCCAUCAUGGAGUUUGUGUGGUCGACACGCCGCACCGCCGAGACGGACGAGGUUUCCGUCUGUCAGGAGAUGCUGACGGAGUUCCGUAAUGCCGUAUCCUGUAAGAAGAAUUCUAGAUCCCGUCGGCGCCGACCCCUGACCAGCACUGGGGGCGGAGUCCUACGUCACCCAUCCCGCCUGACUCUGGCCGGUCCCCGCCCCAUCCGCCUGAUUCGAGAGAUGCGUCUCAGCAACGGGAAACUGUACAGUGGCGCCGGCCCAAUGACGGGCGGGUUGGCAGGGGUCGGGAUGGGAGGAUGCCCCGAUCUGGGCCCGGGGCCACAGAGGCUCCUGGAGGACCCGCUGGGCACCAAAACCUCUACCACCACCCCCCCUCCUGCGUCAGCCCUAGUGGCUCCGCCCGCCCCCCCGCGCAGCUUCCUGCAGGCCUGCAGUCACGUACGCAUCUGCCAGGAGUGCCGGCGGAUCCAGAGCCUGCGACCGGCCGCGCUUACCCCACCCCCUCCGCCCUCCUCGUCCUCCUCCGCCUCCUCCUGCUCCCGGGUCCCGCCCUCAGUGGCGAUGACAGGCCUUCACCCCCGUCACAGCGCUCACCAUCAUCUCCAUUAUCACCACGGCUCCAUGUCGCUGCCCCGCCUUCCGCCGCCCCCUCCCCCGAUGCCGACGGACAGAGCUGACAGCGACGGGGGCGUGGCAAGCCCGCAGCGGUACAAAAACAAACCUGUGCCCCCGCCCCGGCCGCUGCCCCCCAACAAGACCCCGACACACCCACCGACAGACUUACUCAGCGGACACGACUGAGCCUAAGGAUGCUGUCUGUGGGGUCAAAGGUCACAAACACAUUGACCCCAAAGCUGUACUGGUCUAAACUGGCUCUCCAGCAGGGGUCAAAGGAGGAAACCAUUCUGACCCGUUUGUGGGGGUCAUCCAUUAAAGCAAAGACACGUCAGUGGACUGCACCAAACCUUUACGGGGGUGAGCGGAUUGACCCGCUCUGGGGAUGGAGGACUACUCACGGACUUUUUACCUUUUGGAUUAAAGCAGACAAACAGGAAGUGACUGUCUGAGGCCGACCCACCCUCAGCCAAUCGUCUCACUCCAUGCCGAGCAACGAGGACUCAGACAGACUGAGGUUUGAUACUGAUCCAGGUGUUUGUAUAGACGAAACGCUACAGAUACACACACUCACACAAAGUGGAGAAGAAGAAAAACUAAGUCUGUGAUUGUAUUUCCUGUCCUGUUGUCCAAUCAGAGGAGCUUCUCCUCCUCCUCGUCCCGAUCCUGAAGCUGAUGUCACAGCGAUCUGAUCGCCGAGUUGUCUCAUUUCUAAAGGUCACCUGUCAGCUGCCGGCGGCGCUGAGCUCCAUCGCUGAAUAAUUUGGACCUGCUGUACAAAAAAACAACCUGUUGACUUUUUCCCUUUUUUACUAUGAAAUGAACGAACAGCUGCUGCAGUUGUUACACACAUCUGUAUUUGUUUUAUCAUUUAAUCAUUUUAUUUGUAUUUUAUAACAUCAUUUUUAUAUUUAUAUUUUAUUUUAUUUUUGUU